AUGGCCUGUCUUCACUUUCGUGCAGGCCACAGCACUGUUCCCAUCCGUUUCUGUCUCUCGCUAGCGUCAUCCACAAUGUUGGUAUUGAACUGCGGCGGCGACGUUCAAGCCAGAUCCAUUUCGUUACCAGCUGGGAUCAGCUUGUCCAUCCGUGCAACAAACAUGUCAGCCCAUCUGGUCGGUAGCCUCCCUCGAAAACGUUUGCUUCCCGAGGAAUCCCAGAGUUCUCAGUUUCCGUCUGUCGUCUGUCCUUCUCAUUAUAUGACCAGCCCUUCGAUGCUUUGCCUUAGAGACGUUCUGCUGGAUCGCGAAGACGAGGCAUUGAUCUCAUAUCUGAACUGCAAAGUCCGGCGAGAUGUUGUGUGCAUCGGUUGUAUUUCAGAAGACAUUGUUCCAGCACUCUGUGGGUUGCCUGGAGAGCCUUUGACGUGGCCACAGUGUCAGGUCGCCUCUCUGCUGUGUAGCAGAGCGCAGGGAGAACAGUUGAAUCGAACAGGUAGACUCGGAGCUCUGGGCCCGUCAGCUAAUCUGUGGCUUCCUUUAGGGGCUCGAAGGCGGCUCAAGCUGCUCUUUGCCUCCUGUUUAGUUCUUCUUUUAGAUCGUUCUCCAUGUUCACCCGAGAUAUACGUAAGAGGACGUUUCCGUGAUUGA